CUGGGAGCUAAUGUUUCAUUUACUGAAGUUAAGGCUUUGGUGCUAACUUGUUUUACACGUGCAGCAUUAUCACACUGUAAGAUUCCAGGUCAUGCCAGCUUGACUAAAGUUGCUGUUGUUCGAUUCUCUUACGAAGCAGUACAUGACGAUGAAUUGACAUUAAAAGUUGAUGAUGUUAUUGAAGUAAUGGAAGAUGCAGAAGAAGGAUGGAUGAAAGGAAAGUUGAGAAGUACUGGGGAAGUUGGGCUGUUCCCUACUAAUUUCGUUCAUUUUUCCAGUAAGUCUUCAGUGGCAGAUGUGCAGAAAACGCGUGCGGCAGCCUCUUUCACGUUACCUGCAGCUAAGAGAACUGAUGAGGGAGAGCCAAAUACUUCUUCAACAAGAGAAAUGGCCCGUGUAUUAUUUAAAUAUGAACCAAAACACGACGAUGAACUGCCAUUAGAAGAGGUUGGUGCUUUGGUUACCGUUGUAAACAGGAAACCUCCUGAUCGGGGUUGGUUCGUUGGUGAAAUUGAUGGAAAGCGGGGUCUCAUACCAGACAACUUUGUCGAAUUUUUGCCACUUUCUUCCGCGGAAGGCAAAAAGGUGCCAGCAGCGGUGUCAGCUAAUAAAUAUGAAGAGGGACCAGCAGAUAUUCGUACCGAUGGCCCCUUGGAACACAUUACAACCAGCAGACCGAAGCAACCAAAGAAGCGUCCUCCUUCGUCAAUCCAGAGUAAACGGGUAAGUCAAACCUUUAAAAGAGACGGGAGAAUAUAUUUCGCGGCUUGUUAA